GCGGAGGCUACAGAGACUUCGCGGGGCGGUCGGUCCUGCUGUCGGCAUGGGAAUUUUCAGAAGAGAGACGGGGAGGCUGUCGCAGCAAUAGUCAUUGUCCUGGUACCUUAACCACUGCACGGUCCAGAAGCAGCUCGUGGCGGCCAGCGGGAGCCGGAGCCUGCAGGAUUCUGGAAACUGCUUCUGGGUCCUGGCUGCAUGGAAACGAGAUGGGCUUUUACAAUUGAGAUUGGAAGAAGUCACCCCAGGCAGCAGAAAUCCAUCUUGUGAUGAAAUAGCAUCUAUCUGGUCCUCUGGCAGAAUUUCAAGGCUGGACUGCCUCUGGGGCCAUGAUGUUGUCUGAUAUAGAGAUCGUGAAGAAAUGGACUCAAAAUCUUAAGACAAAAGGUUUGCCCUCUAACUAUAUUGACUGGUCCCAAGAAAAGGAGGAAAAGCCCCACAUGCUGUUUCAUUCAGAGAUGUGGCUGUGAUCUUCAUGGAGGCAGAAUGGAAGAGACUGAACUCACAGCAGAGGAAUUGAAGUGAUGCUGGAGAAUUACAGGAAUCUGCUCUCAUUGACAGAACCCAAAGUCAGAAAUCCACCCUUGUUCUUCCUGCCUACUGGUCUCCUCCUGUCAGCAAUUCCUCAGCCAACACACACUUCAGAUUUUCCGGGGCUUAUGUGCAGAAAAUCACUCCCAUCUGAGGAAUUCCAGCUCAGGGCAUCAGUAUUCUGAUCAGAACUGCUGGAGUGAAAAUGCAGACGGAAGGUGGCUCUAACCCCUGGUCUUCAAGGACAGAGGAGAGGGAGACAUCAUGCGUGUUUCUCAUCCCACUCCAACCACAGUCAGCAAGUCCUAAAGAAGGCAACAUGAUGGUAGAAAUAGAGCCCCACUCAGCCCAAAGGGUAAAACCUGUGCAAUCAGACAAAGGAAUGAAGGAAUUAGAAGUCUCGAGAUUUGGAGCGAUCAACUGUAGAGAAUGUGAGCCAAACUCUAACUCAGAAUCAAACUUCAUUAGAAACUCCAGGACCUUCCUAGGAGAGAAGCCCUAUGUUUGCAGUGAUUGUGGGCGACACUUUAACCAAAAGUCCAUCCUCAACAGACACCAGAGAGUACAUUCAGAAGAGAUGCCUUAUCUGUGCAAGGAGUGUGGGAAGAGCUUUAGAAAGAAGUUCAUCGUUAAUCAUCAUCAGUGGACUCACUCAGGGGAGAAGCCCUAUGUUUGCAGCAAGUGUGGGCGAGGCUUUAGGUGGAAGUCACUUCUCAUCAGACACCAGAGGUUACACUCUGGGGAGAAGCCUUAUGUCUGCAGGAAAUGUAGGCGAGGCUUUGGCCAUAAUUCAAAUCUCAUCAAAUACCUUAGGUUUCACUCAGGGGAGAAGCUUUUUAUCUGUAGUGACUGUGGGCAAGGCUUUGGCCAGAACUCACAACUUAUCAGAUACCAGAGAUCAUACUCAGAGGAGAAACCUUAUGUCUGCAGGGAAUGUGGGCAAGGCUUUAGCUAUAAUUCACAUCUCAUCAAACACCAGAGAUUACAUUCAGGGGAGAAGCCUUUUGUCUGCAGCGACUAGGCUUUAGCAGGAAAUCACACUUUAUUAUCCACCAGAAAACACAUUCAGGGAAGAAGCCUUAUUUUUGCAGUGAGUGUGGGUGAGGCUUCAACCAGAAUUCAAAUCCCAUGAGACAUCAGAGGAUGUACUCAAGGUGAAAGCCCUAUGUUUGGAAUGAGUAUGGACAAGGCUUUAGCCAGAAGUCAAAUCUCCUCAAACACCAGACAUCACACUUAGGGAAGAAGGCUUUUGUCUGCUGGGUCUGUGGGUGAGGCUUUAGGUUAAAAUCAGAAGUACUUACCCACCAGAGGACACACCUAGGGGAGAAGCCUUAAUGUCCGCAGGGACUGUGGGCAAGGCUAUAACCAGAAGUCAAAUCUCAAAUUUAGUCUUUCUAAGUUUUGUUCCCCUCAUUAUAAUGAUAUUUUCUUAUG